AUUAUUUACUUUAUGCAAACUUCCGGUUAGAAAAAAAUGACAGGAUGGCAGCAGUUUGGCAACAAGCACUUGCAUUAGAUGCAAAAUUUAAUGCUUAUAGAACUCCUAACAACCCUCAGUUCAGAACUUUGUAUAUAAGAAGAAGAAGUCAGUUAUUAAGGGAGUGUGCCAAGUCAGGAAAAGACCCUUCAGUCAGGAAAGAUCACCUUCAUAUUAGGGCUCAGUUGCUGAAUUCUAGAUAUGGUAGUCCAGCUUUCUCAGAUGGAGGAAGUAUAAGAAGUAGGUCCAUAAGUUUAAGAAGUGGAGGAAGGAGUGGAUUAGAUAAUUUUGACAAGCUUAAUCUAAGUGACAGUAAGAAACAUCGUAGGAACUUGAGCAGUGGAUCACUGAAGCAUAUCUUUGAAGGACCAAUGAAACGUGUCUUUGACAGUAUAGAAGUUGUACCCACAGAUGAAGCUGAAGCAAGCAGGGCUAUGGCUGGAGGGAAGACCGUCUCAGAGAAUUAUGCCUUUGCAGGAAUGCAUCAUAUAUUUGAUCAGCACACAGCAGCAGUUACAAAUGUAAAAUUUGGACAUGAUGAUAAAACCAGAUUGGCCUGUGCCUCAUUGGAUGGUACCCUGUCCAUAUGUCAGGUUAUACCAGAUCCUGCCACUGUUAUCUGUAUGCUGAGAGGUCACUCUGCAGGAGUCACAGAUUUUGUAUUUUCCCUAUCCAAUGAUGUAAUCCUCUCGGUAUCCCUAGAUGCUACAGCCAGAGUAUGGGAUAUAGCCGCAGGGAAGUGUAUGAGGGUGAUAGAGGACAGUAUGGCAGCAGAACUAUUGUCAUGUGUCUUUCAUCCGUUAAAUAAUAACAUGUUUGUUACAGGGAAUAGUAAAUGUUUUGUUCAAGUUUUGAACAUAUCAACAGGCAAAGGAUAUAAGGGAGGUUCAAGUAAAGUGACUGGUAAAGUUCUAGCUCUAGCUUUUGACAGUACAGGGCAUAUAUUAUGGACAGGAGAUGACAAGGGCUCUAUUCAUUCCUUUACUAUUGAUGUAAACAGUGGUAAACUAAUAAAAGCAAGAAGAAUAACUGUUUGUGAAGGAUUGCCAGUCACAUGUAUAUCUGCUAGGUCAUGGAUCAGUCGUGAAGCUAGAGAUCCUUCUUUACUGGUUAACUGCUGUGUUAAUGCACUCUGUUUGUUCAAAAUAAUAAGUGAAGAUGGAGCUUUGCAAUUAAAGAAAAGAUUUCCAGUUAAACAGAAAAGAUCUUCUAUAAGGAGCACAUUUUGUCCCUUAAUGUCAUUCAGACAAGGGGCCUGUGUUAUAUCUGGAAGUGAAGACAUGUGUGUGUAUUUCUUUGAUGUGUGUAAGGAAAGUAAACCAUGUGUUAACAAACUAUUAGGACACUCUGCUCCUGUCCUUGAUGUGUGUUUUAACUGUGAUGAAAGCUUACUAGCAUCAUGCGAUGAACAAGGCAUGGUGAUAAUAUGGAAGAGAGAGGGGAAGCAAAUAGGUUAACAGGCAAAAAAUAAACAAAUGAGUUUAUGAACCAGAGGGGAAAUGAUCUCAAUGUCUACAAAUCAACCUAAAGGGAACAAAGAAUGGUAGUACAUACAGCAUGGAGGUACCAGAAAUAAUCCAAAGCCUGAACUUUAUCUGUGUAUUAGCAAUCUAGUUAUACCUUGUAGACUACAGUAAAAAUCCUUAGCAUAUAUAUUGAUGUGAUUUAACAAGAAAAAAAAAAC